UGCCGUGCGCCUCUGUAUAAAUACCUAGUGGACUUUCGAGACCGCAGCAGCGACUGUUGUCUCCGAGAGGCACUUGGACCCAGACAGAAUUGUGUGGCGCUCCCUUUGAAAGACUUGUGUGUCAGCCAGGCUCAUUCAGAAGACCAACCCUGAUCUGUGAGGGCUGUCAAAGAUGAGAUUCCCCAGGUCAUUCAUUGGCCUCUCUCUGCUCUACAUCUCUGUCGAGUGUCUGCUCCCUCCAUCCAAGGAGGACCUGAACGAGAUUUCUCUGCUUGGGGAGAAGUACCUGGAUAAGCAUAUUGAGAAUGCCAUCAAUGGGGUAAAGGAGAUGAAGACAGUGAUGGAGAGAUCUGGAGAAGAACACAAGAAGUUUCUGUCUGCCUUGGAGAAAACCAAACAGCAGAAAGAGGAUGCUUUGAAGGCUGCCCAGGAAUUGGAGACCAAACUGAAUGAGGAGCAGAGUGUGUGUAACGAGACCAUGCAGGCACUCUGGGAGGAGUGUAAACCCUGUCUGAGGAACACGUGCAUUAAGUACUAUUCCAGGACCUGCAGCAGUGGGUCCGGUCUGGUAGGGAGACAGCUGGAUGAAGUUUUGAACAGAACGUCGCCUUUCUCCAUCUGGAUCAAUGGACAGAACAUCGACACCCUGUUUAAAGAGGACCAGCAGCAGAGCCAGCGUUUCCAGGAUCUGGAGGAGAAGUACUCAGAGGUGGCCGACGGCGUGGACGGCAUCUUCACGGACAGUAUAAAAGUGUUUGAUCACAUGCGCUCCUACCACCAGCCCCUCUUCCCCCGCCCCUUCCGCAUGCCCAGCCUCUUCGGCCAGCCCGAGGGCCGCGCCUCCCGGGUGUACAGGUCCCCUGAGCAGGAGCCGUACUUUCGCAGCUUUCACAGCCUGUUCGAACCCAUGAUGAACAUAGCCCGCAACAUCUUCAGUGCCACCGAAGGCUUCAUGGGCAGUGACAUGGACUUCCCCUCUGAAGAUGGAAGUGUGAAUGAGGAUGUUGUCAUAACAAAACCGUUUGGAAGCGGUAAAAUGACCUGCAGGGAGAUCCGUCGUAAUUCGGCUGGCUGCAUUAAGCUAAGGGAGGAGUGUGAGAAAUGCAAGGAAAUUCAGCACAUUGAUUGCUCUGGAAAGAGACCCCUUGAAGGACCUAUGAAGGAGGAGCUGGAGAACGCUUUGGCCCAGGCUGAGAGGUUCACCCAGGAGUACAACAGGCUCCUCAGACGGUUUGAGGAGGAGAUGUUCAACACCUCCAGACUGCUGGACAUGUUUAACUCCCAGUUUGGAUGGGUGUCUACCCUGGCCAACCACACCAAGAAUGAGGAUGGGAUGUUUCAGGUUCAUGGGGUCAUAUCAAAGAACACUGAGGAUGCUGGAAAGCCAAGCGACACAAACGUGUCAGUCAAACUGUUUGAUGCUCCAGAGAUGAGUUUCACUGUGCCAGGGGACAUCCCAUGGAACGACCCCAAGUUUUCAGAGGUGGUGGCUCAGGAGGCCCUGGAUCGGUACAAACAGAACACAGUAGUUGUGAAAUAAGCAUUAGUGACUGCACCCCCCCCGUCAGGAGGGUGACUCUGACCCCAAAUCUGGAACCGUCUGUCGUCUGUAUUAGUGUCCUGCCUCAGAUGAUGGAGACAUCCUGUGCCCACCUGAGCUAGAAGCUCCCUUUCUAACACUAAUCCGCCUGUGACAACCUUAACACGCCAACUGCUCAAGACUGUGUAUGGAAGAGGGUGAAAAACACGCUUCACUUUCCUGAAAUGAAAGCCUACUGUACAUUAUGCCAAAUAUUAAUAAACUCUGUACAGAAUUCCA